AUGGUGUCGCUACAGCUCAUCCGCGCCUCCAACCAGCAGAUCGCAACUGCUCUGCCCGCCAAACUCAUUGCUGUUUUCGUAGGCGGCACAAGUGGCAUCGGGGAGACAUCGCUCAAGCAGUUCGCCAAGCACGCCAAAGCACCUCGAAUCUACUUUGUGGGCCGCUCGGACGAGGCCGCGGGACGCAUCAAGAGGGAACUCCAGUCGCUGAACCCAGAUGGCGACUAUAUCUUUGUGAAAUGUGACGCGAGCCUCCUCAGGAACGUUGAUAUAGUGUGUCGCGACAUUGCUGCCAAGGAGGAGUUUAUCAACUUACUCUUCCUGAGCACCGGCACCUUGAUCACGGGCACCAAAACAGAGGAGGGGUUGCAUUUUUUCACGGCUUUGACUUACUAUUCACGCAUACGCUUCAUCGCUGGCCUGCUUCCGCUCCUGAAACAAGCCACGGGACUGCGCCGAGUAGUGAAUGUCUUUGCUGGCGGCAAAGAAGGUCCCAUCUCUACCAGUGAUUUCCAGGCUUACAAGUUGGGCCCGAGCGAGGGACGCGGCCAUCUGUCUUCGAUGCUCACAUUGAGUCUAGAGGCACUCGCGCGUGAUUCGUCCAAUGUCAGCUUCGUACACGACUACCCAGGCUUCGUCAAAUCUAACUUAGGCCGCGGCACCAAGGGUGUGGGUAUGGCGGUUGCAAAGGCCUUGUUCAAGGUCGUGGGUCUAUUCUUGAAUAUACCAAAUGAGGAAGUGGGUGAACGACAUACAUUCUUUUGUACCAGUGCUAGAUUCCCGCCUAGUCAAGGUGUUGAAGAUGCUGCUGGUGUCACUCUAUCUGGCAUCCAGGCUACAGUAGGAACGGAUGGCAACCUUGGGAGUGGUGUUUACUCCAUUGACUAUGAAGGCGAACCGGCUAGACAAGGGGCUCUACAAUCUUUAGCCGGCUUGAGGCAGGAUGGAACUUCGGAGAAGCUUUGGAAGCACGUGCAGGACGAAUUUACUCGUGUCGCGGGCCCUCAGUCCAUCUAG